AUGCGUACUUCUGCCGUUUUAACCUCCGUUUUAUCCCUAGCUUUACUAUCCAAGGAAGUCUUAGCCACUCCUCCAGCCUGUUUGUUAGCCUGUGUUGCUCAGGUUACCUCCGGUUCUUCCCAAUGUAAGACUCUAAGCAACCUAGACUGUGUUUGUUCCAGCGAAAGCUCUGCCGUCAAGAGCUGUUUAGACUCUAUCUGUCCAAACGGUAACGCUGAUGCAGCUUACUCUGCUUUCAAGAGCUCUUGUUCCGACCAAAAUAUUUCUCUAGGUGACUCUUCUUCCUCUUCUUCAGCUGCAUCUUCCUCUUCCUCUUCUACUAGUGCUUCCUCCUCUUCUGAAAAAGCUUCCUCUUCCUCCGCCAUCGUUUCCUCUUCUUCUUCUUCUGAAGCUGCUGCUUCUACUUCUACUGAAGCCUCUGUCGAAGCCUCUGUCGAAGUUACUACCACUUCUUCUUCUACUGAAGCUCCAACUACUACCUCCACUAUCACAUCUGUUUCCGAAGAGCCAACUACUUCUUCUGAAUCUACUACAUCUUCUACAAGCUCCACCAAGUCCAUCGUUUCUGUUUCUCAAGGUGGUGCUAACCUUCUACAACUAGGUGGUUCUCUAGCCGUUGUUGCUGCUGCUGCUCUAUUGAUUUAA